CUCCCCCCGCCCCAGCCGCGUCCGCUCCCAGCCCGCUCCUCGCAUCCCUCCCAUUCUCCAUUUCCCUUCCGUCCCCUCCCCGGCAGGGCGUGCGCCAGUCCGAGGCAGGAUCGGGUUCCCCGCCUUCCAGUCCAAAAAUCCCGCCACGGGAGCCGCAGAGCAGAGGAAAAGCCGAAGUGGAGAGAGGAGAAGAGAGAGAGCAGGAGUCACCGGGCGUGCGGGAGGCAGAGAGCAGCGGCCGCCGCGAGCACCAGCGACUUGGGUACCUGGACUCAGGGCAGAAAAACCUCUCCCGGAUCAACAAAGGCAGCCUGAGCGCGCACCGCUCGUUGGCGACUCCAAAAUGCAGACUCCACAGUACCUGCAGCAACGUCGAAAAUUUGCAGCUGCCUUCUUGGCAUUUAUUUUCAUCUUGGCAGUUGUGGACACCGCUGAAGCAGGAAAGAAAGAGAAACCAGAGAAGAAGGUGAAGAAGUCUGACUGUGGAGAGUGGCAGUGGAGUGUGUGUGUGCCCACCAGCGGGGACUGUGGGCUGGGCACCCGCGAGGGCACCCGCGCGGGAGCCGAGUGUAAACAGACCAUGAAGACCCAGAGGUGCAAGAUCCCCUGCAACUGGAAAAAGCAAUUUGGAGCGGAGUGCAAAUACCAGUUCCAGGCCUGGGGAGAAUGCGAUCUGAACACGGCUCUGAAGACCAGAACUGGGAACCUGAAGCGAGCCCUCCACAACGCCGACUGCCAGAAGACAGUCACCAUCUCCAAGCCCUGCGGCAAGCUGACUAAGUCCAAACCUCAAG